AUGGCACUGGCGUCCUGUGUGCUGUCAGCCAGCACCAGCUUGCUGCCACUGCUCCGGGCCAAGGAUCUGCUAUGCGAGGAGCACACGGCUACGAGGGAGGAGAACUGCAUAAACACCACGGGCGGAGCAGAAACAAAACCAAGCCAUAACCUCAAACCUCUCCAAACCAUGAAAUAUCACAUAUUUAGCCAUCUGCAAAUAGCCAACGAGCUUUACACACUAUACGAAGUAGUGAAGAAGCACCCUGCCCUCCGCUCGCUGUCUCCAUGGGAGUUCUAUCAGGGAAGUCCCCGGGCGCAUCCUCUGCCCCGCUGGGCGCGUACUGGGCACCAGCGCCUCGGUCCUCGUCUCUUCACCUCACUUCGACCUUUUGGCGACCCAGCUAGGACCGAGGCUGGCGAGGCCCCUGCCCUUCUAGAGCCCUCCAGGUGCAACGCGUCUUACGGAGGCUUUGGGAAACACAGAGGGGGCUGGGCCUGCGCGGGCCACCCGGCCAAGCCCCGAGGAAGGCGCGGAGGCCCGGGGGCUCUGUCCUCGCCAAGCUCGGGGCGGGCCGCCGCGGCG